AACAAUAUAUAUUUUCUGAUGAUUUGAUAUUCCAACGAAAUAAGUGUUAUUUAUCUUACGAAAAACUCUGGUAUGUUAUUGCAGGUGAAUGUAUUUAGCUUCCUGGUUGAUUGGUAGCGUGUGUGAUAAGAUCAUCUUACUUCUAAUAUGAAUACUGUUGAACAUGAUUAAACCAUUAAAGUGUGUUUUUAACAAAGAAAUAUAUCAUGAUGUGGAUACUAUUAAUUAUUUGUUUAUGGAAUUUUAAUAUAGCUACGUGUGACUCUAGAUUUGGUUCUCGAAAUCAAUAUUUAUGUCAUUGUGAAGACCAAUGUGAUCAACAAGGAAGUUGCUUUGGGGCAUCUAAUAAGUGUGUGAAUGAAUGGUUUGGUUUGGGCUGCCAGUAUCAAAACCUAGCCUUUUCGUUCUCACCUGUUAUUAACCCUAAUGAAGCAGAGCGCCUGUUUAAAGAAAAUGAUGAAUAUAAAUGUGACAUCCUCAACGCACAGACACCCAUCUCAAUCCAAUGGAAUACGUCCACGCCUUUCACCUGGAUGAGAAUAAAAGUCAACAACAGUACUACUCUGACUACUUUAAGCGUGACUUUCAUUGACGAAGAAAUGUGUUCACAAGUAUGUGUAAAGCAGUCAAUAUUUCAAGUCAACAUAAAUGUGUUUGACAUUGCUUGUGAUGUGGAUUUCAAAAUGACAACUUUACAAAUACAUGGCGAUAUAGUUGAGCAUUUAUGUUACGUUCAUAUUAAUGGAGGUAGAAAUCUGGCCUUAUUUCAAGCUACUUCACAGUCAUCUACGUGGGGGCCUCUGCAACUAUACGGGUCUAACUUUGCUGUGGACGGUUUGAUAAAAGACAGGUGCAAUGCAGGACAAUGUAGUCAUACCCUUACCGAUCAAGGUCCUCAAGUCUGGAACAUAACAUUUGACAGAUCAUAUGAGAUAAAUAAAUUUGUUCUUUUUAACCGAUUUGAUGAAUAUAAAGACCGUUUGAAAGGGUUCUUUCUUCAGGCAUUCAAUAGUGACUCUACCACCACAUUUAGUUACACUAACCAUCCGCCGACUGGGCAAUAUAUAUACACAAUGGUUUAUUUUGGUAAAAAGCCAGUGAAUAAAGUUGUGAUUGGUCUAAAUAAUAAUUUUCUUGCGAUAAAUGAAUUCCAAGCCUAUGGAGAUUGUCUACCAGGCUGGUGGGGAUUGGACUGUAUACAGAGAUGUAACAGUACAUGUAAUGACACUUGCAACACAGAAAAUGGUUUAUGUAGAGUUUGUAUUGGAGCUGGCGAUCCACCUCUUUGUGCAAAGGAAUGUCCAGAAGGAAAAUAUGGAUUAAAUUGUCAAUGGCAGUGCUCUGUUUAUUGCGAAAAAUGCAGUAAAGUAAAUGGAAGCUGUUUGUUAUGUCCACCAGGAUGGGUAGGACUCACUUGUGAAAAAGCAUGCUCACCAGAUCACUAUGGGCAGAGCUGUCAAAAUGAAUGUUCUGCACAUUGCGAUCCACCAAAUACGUGUAAUAGCGUUAGUGGAUAUUGUAAAUGUCAACCAGGAUGGACAAAUACUACAUGCAAUAAAGAGUGUAACGACGGGUGGUUUGGAGAUUACUGUCUUGAAAGAUGUUCUAUUCACUGCAAUUCUACAUGUAAUAAAACCGACGGGGCAUGUUCAUGUCUUCCAGGAUAUGUCGGACAAAAAUGUUCACAAGAAUGCCCACAAGGAAAGUAUGGUCAGAACUGCUCCGGGAUAUGUUCUCAAAAUUGUUUUAACGAAUCCAAAUGUGAUAUUACCAAUGGGGACUGUGAGUCAUGCAAACACGGUUACAAGGGAGACAAAUGUGAUAAAGAAAAAUGCCCCAUGCAUUGUCUGAAUGAGUCAUGUGACGUAUACUCUGGUAAAUGUCUGUCGUGUAAAUCUGGCUAUGGAGGAGACUUCUGUGAUACAAGUUCGAAUAUCCAGGACAUUUCAGUAGCUGUUGGUGUCGGAGUUGGUUUAGGUGCUGCUGUAGUUCUGUUGAUAGUUUGUGUCGUUGUUGUUGUUUACAAAAGACGAGCCAGACAAAGGAAACAAGAAACAGGUGACGGUGUAGACAAUGUCGCAAAGUUACAAGAAGAAGAUCAUUACGACAAAGUUCAAGACACUAACUCAUUACAUGAUCAUUAUGACUCUGUGCCAAAUAAAUUGCACGACAAAGAGAAAGUUAAUGAAAGGCAUUAUGAGAUACAAUCAAGUCAACAAACAUACGACCAGCUAUCCUUUGAUAUUGAUGAUACCGGCCAAGUACAUUAUGAGAAAGUGGCAAGCCCAAAGCAGUAUGAAAAUAUUUCAAGGCAAAAAUAUGAAAAUUUUUCAAUCGAUAACUAAUUGUGAUAAUAAAUGAUACACUUAAUAAAAAUUAUUAUUCAAAACUAAGACUUCAGUUUGUAAAGAGAAAAAAGGGAGAGCAAUACUUUUAAUAUAGAAUAAAUAAAUUAACUUUGUGCUUCUACUCUAGUUACUUUUUUCACAAUUCUUUUUAGACUUUCGAUCUCAAUGAAGAGAAUGUAUCACUUUUUGUCAUUAAUGGCACAAGGAAGCCGAGUUUUUUUUUUUAGUGCCUUCCCCCCAAAAAAAAAAGAGGAAUAGACUCUAUUAGUUUUGUGUGGUCUGUCUUGGUAAAUUAUUGUUUUAUUUUUGGAUUAUGUGAUUACAUGAAUUAUGCUAUAUUUUGCAGAGAAAGAAGGAUGUUGAUAUGUGAUGUAAUGUUGUCUGAGAGUUAAUUCCCUUAGCGGAUUAAGAAGUGUGUGUUGCGUUGGUUAUGGUUAAAUAAAGCCUCUGUGUGUAUUUCUAAAUCAAUUUGUUUAUGAGGAAAAUUAAGAUAGCAAUGAUCCAGACAUAUUGUUACAAAAGCUACAUGAAUACUGUCAUCCAAGGAAGAACGAAGUACUUGAAGCUUAUAGGUUCUUGAAUAGAACUAUCAUCUCUUCAUAUGAUUUGUUUUUUACUAGUUUGAGGACACAGGCUGAGAAGUGCAAUUUUAAAGACAAAGACCGAAUGAUAAGAGAAAAUUAAAGAGAUAAACUAGUUUUUCUCUGCUAAUCAACGUCUACAAGAGAAGUUACUAAUGUGUUCAGAUUUGACACAAGAAAAAGCUAUAGAAAUAUGCCAAGUCUACGAAGUAACGUCCAACAGUCUCAAAGCAAUGAUAAAAGAGUGUAAUCAAACCGAUGAUGUUCUGAAGCUUGAAGAUGCAGAUAGCCACAAAGCACCACAAAGAAAGUUUAUCAAGGACUGCAGAUUUUGUACAGUUUUUAACAAGAUUUGAACCAGGGACCCAAAGUUUAAAAGGCAAGCGCUUUUCCAUAUAUUCAUUUAGUGUACAUUUAUAUUUAUUAAAAUAAUAAUUAUUAACCUUAUCCAUGCAUUCAAAA